AUGGUUCAAUUCGAGGUGCCUAGAAGCUUGCCCAAAUUCGAGAGAAUAGCAAUCAUGCUUUACAACCUAGCCAAAAUCCCUACUUUCUCAAGGGAGUGCCUCAGGCAGCACAUUGUUAUUGUGACUGUUGCAUUUCCAGCAACCCAAUUGCUACUGGUUAGAGCAUGCAUAUGCAUAUCAGCUUCACAUACAAGGGAAGAUCUUACACAUGCCUUGAAGGUUAUUAGCAAUGUAGGCAAUCUAGUUGGCAUAAAAUACUUCCCCGUUGAACCAUUGAAGCAUCAACAAGGUGAUAAAACUGUGAAGUUUGAUUGA